AAACUCACGUUAUUGUUCCUCACACAGUGUUUUCUGGUGAUAUACUAUUAUACUUUCUUCAUGACCUUCUCCUCACCAUGAGGAAGAGACACUACUCCCUGCUCCUGUUCUCAGGAGUGCUGAGCUUCGGAACUUUAUGUACAGCACUGAACUUGACCAGCCCACAACCUACACAACUUACACAACAGGACUGUAGUCCUAUUGAUGGCCCUGCGUCAGACUUCCUGAAGUGUGUUGGAGUCCCAUCAGGCCCCGGGGCAGGAGAGCAGCAGAUCCUCAACCUGAAGAGCUUGACUGAUGCUCUGCUCGAUGUCUUCGCUUUUAUUAACUCAGAAUUGAGUGGCGUCCCAUUGCUGAACGUGUCUGCAGGAUGGAGCGUCAGCACCACAGACCUGCUCCAGAACAAUGACUUCAUCAGGGUCUGGGCUCAGGUUAGGCUCACUCCACUGCUCUCUGCUGCCUCGCAGAACUUCCUCACCUGCCUCGGCUACAACAACUUCAGCUGCCAGACCUACCAGACUGUGGUGCAGCAGCUGAGUCAGCAGUUCCCCAGUUUGGAUCCUCAGAGGCAGCAGUGGAUCUACUCACACUUCAUGAAGCCCUUCCUGUCUAGUAACGCACCUGCAGGUUGUGUGCUCCCUGGUGACACUACUGAGGACUGGCUCACACAGAACUUCGGCUCCUUUUCAGUUCUGGCUCAGCUUCGAGACCUCAGCUCUAUCAAUGUGCUCUUUAAUGCGAUGGAUGUCCUGCACUUGUUGAGUCCGGAGCAGAAAGCGCAGCUCAUGCUGUCUCCUCAGUCAGCCGGUCUGAACAACGAAUCCCUCAGUGUGGUUCUGGGAAGCCUGAUGAGUUCACUAUCAUCUUCUGGAAAAGAUACAAACACCUUCAACGGUAGCGUAUGGAAUGCAGGAUUACCUGCCAUGUACUCAUCUUCUCCACAAGAUCCACUCUCACAGACGGUGAACGGCUUCAUGACUGCGUUCAGACCUGUUGGGAGCUUUGUCAGAGAUUUUGUGUCCUUCACACAUCAGCAGGACCUGAGCCACAUGAGAAGUGUGACGCUGAUCCAGGCCAUGUUAAACUGGACGCUGGCGGAGCUCGCAGCUCCGUAUAAAAACACCAGCGACGAUCAGCUGAUCAAUCAAAACACGUUCGAUCCUACAGACGUCAACUCCUGGUUUACACACGUCGUCGUCCCAGUACUGCAUAGAUACACGUCCGUAGACAUCCCUGAUGAGCUCGCUGCUGUCUUUCAUAGUGUGUUUUAUAUGGAGAAUUCAGUGAAUGUAACUCAGGACCCUUGUGGCGUCACUCUGGGUGGCAUGUGUGCUGUUCCUAAUGUGAUGGAGCACGUGGCGAAUAUCCUGCAGUGUGCAGCGAGUACUAACCUGACGCUCACAGGGGACACAGUGACCAGUCUCAUACGGCACCUGUCAAUCAACCUCAACACACUCCUGAACCAGCUCGCCCACACUAAUCUUAGUUCAGAAGAUUCCCCUUUCAGAGACAUCCUAGACCGAAUCCAUGACCCGAAUCAGGCUGACCUGUCAGACCCGACGUUUGUCACCAUGUGGUUCCGUAUUAAACUGAAGCCUCUCUUACCCACACUGACGCCCGAGUACCUGCACUGCCUAAGCGCCAAACCGUUCACCUGCCAAACGUUCCAGAUCCUUGUGAAGGAAACGAGUGACAACGUCCUCCUGAUACCACAGAAUAACACACAUAUUGUUUACGAUAACUUCAUCAAACCGUUCCUGCUCCAGCAGAACUCCACAGGUGGCUGCAUGACUAACGGCAGUUCUGAGUGGAUCCUGCUAAACCUGGGUGCGUUCUCUCAGUUUGCCACGGUGCAGGAGAUCUACCAGCUGUAUGCUGAGUUUAAUGCUCUGGAGGCUGUUGAUGUCCUGACUCUGAAGCAGAUAGCUGAGCUCAUUGUUAAACUACCUGAGUUUCCAGAUAAAAAGCAGCUCAUUGACACGGUGUUCAGCAGCAUACUGACCUCAGUGACACGGAGACAGCAGCUCCCUCAGCUCAUCACCCUCAUCUCACAGAUGAACAUGACGAACCCUAACUGCGUUAUCUAUCAGGAAAUGUUCUCAUGGCUCCACUUUGCUUCACUGUCGUCAAACACAGAGUCAAAUGCAGUGAUCAUGAGCAGCAUCGCCAGCCUGACCAACGCGACGCCAGCAGUGUGUGUCUCCUACAGCAGCCCGUGUAACAGCACUCAUGUUAACGAGUCUGCAGUGUGCAGUGGUGUGAACAGUUCUGCUCUGAUGGAGUACCUAAAUGAACCUAAUCAUGGAAGUCAACUCUGCAGCUUCAGUAUCACACAAUACGCUUGUGCUCAGUUGACAGACUUGUCUGCAGUAGACCUGGAGAGGGUGUUGUUAUGUAAUCUCUACAGUAACAACACAGUAUCAGACCAGACGUGGAAACUGUUUGUAACCAACAUCAGUCCGAUCCUGGGCGACGCCCUCGACCUGCUCAACACCACGACCCUCCAGCCUUCGCGCCCCCUGGUGGUUCUGUUGGACGCGAUCGCUGAGGUGACCUUCGGCACUUUCAGUCCGUCCAGCUUCAGCAGCGAUGACGUCAUCCAGCUGUGGUUCGGGAGAAGGCUCCGCCCCUUCUUACCUUACGUCACUCAGACUUUCCUGUCCUGCGUCUCACAAAAUAACUUCAGCUGUGAUACCUACCACAGCAUGAUUAAGAUUUUGAGCCAGCAGUUUAACUCCAUGUCCCCUGAAACUCAGAUGACCGUUUAUGUUUACUUCAUCCACACCAUCCUCAGCCUCAACCAGACAGCAGGUUGUGCUCCUGGAGUGAACAGCUCUGUAUGGUUGAGCCAAAACUUUGGGCCUUUUGCUGAAUUUGCAGCCGUCCCAGAGCUACAGAGUCUGAACCCUACCUUCUCAGUGUUGGACGUCUUGGACAGUUUAACCCUGACCCAGUUGGUGGAGGUGUCCACGUCCUCUGCGCUGAUUAACACGCCUGCUCAGGUGGCUCAGGUGGUGAACAGCGUCCCGGACUCUGAGCUCAGCCAGUUCUUCACGCAGCUCGCCGCUGCACUCACUGUCGGUGGUGUGAAGCUUUCCCCGACGGUCAGCCAGGCUUUCCUGCAGCAGGUGUUUGCGAGAGUGAACCUGGGAGACCCUGCACUGUCGGACCAGGAGGUGGAGCAGUGGAUCAGCGUCAGCCUGAAGCCUCUCAUCUCCAACAUCCAGCCGUCAGACGUCCCUCAGUACUUCGGGGAGAUCUCACAACGUUCCUGCAACAUCUCACAGCACGGGGUGGCGCUCCUGGACUCCACCCGCUCCAGUUUCAGUCCUGACGUACUGCAGGCCAUCUACAACCAGCUCAUUGUCUCUCUCCAAGGGCCGCUACUGCAGUGCUACAAUAAUCAGAGUUACUACGUCUUCCUGCAGUCAUACAUCAUGGGUUUCCAGUUCCCUCCUCUCUCCACCUUCCUGUCCCUCAUACCACCAGAUCGCCUGCCACAGCUCCUGAACUCCAUGUCACCAGCACAGAUAUCUGCCUUGCUGAAUCACACCGGUGCUGUGGACAAUCAAACCAGUCUAUGUGAGCUCUUCAACAUCUACAACCAAACACAGAAUUACCUGCAAAAUGAGCCGAUUUUGUCUUCAUCUCUGGCUAACCAGACGUUGGUGUGCGUGUGGCCUCGUGCUCUCAGCACCUCAUCUCCGGCCGAUGUGGAUAGAUGGUUUGCCUCACUAGUCCAAUACCUGCCCUACCUCAGCUCUGAGUUGAUCAGCCCCACCGAGGUCACCGGGGCUUCCUGCCUUGCCUACAUAAAAUUUGUGUCUGUGAUGGAGAGUUAUAACUUUGGCAAUGCUGCCUUUACCAAGAACAACAUCUAUGAGACCAUCCAGGCCUACCUGACCACAGACAACCCGCCCAAAUGCUACAACCCCUCAGACCCUGUGCUGAACUCCACUGCAUGGUUUUAUUUAUACAUCGGAUCCUUCAUUUCCUUCAUUACUGUGAAUGACCUGGAACAGUUUGGAGGUGUAGCGCUGGAGCAGUUCACUACAAAUUCACAGAAUCUUCAACUGCUGAAAACUUACAAUGUUAGCCAGGACGUUACCAAUGCCUACACCUCCAUGCUGUUCAGCAUCCAGCCGGACUUCAGCAUCAAACUUCUCCCCACACAUCUGUGGUGUUUUGCUCCGGCAACUGCAUACCCGAACCUGUCUGAAAGUGAUGUAGAGACGAUCGCCAGAACUCUUCAACAGCUGUGCACAGACAUAGACCCUACUGUAGCUGCUGCACUGGCAGAUAAUGUGAACUCCCUGACAUCAACCGCUAUUUUGGCAUUGGGUGACACCCUCACCGGUCUUAGUGUUGGGCAACUUGAAAGCGCUAACCCCUCCGUGCUACUGUCCAGCCUCGGUUCCCUCAGUGCUGUGACUGGCUGGAGCGAGAGCCAGGCCACAGCCAUUGUCCAGUUACUGUUCUCCUCUGGAGUGCUUCAGAUCACCUCAAUCUCUUCACUGGAGCAGUUGGGCAACUUGUUGAUUGGUGUUCCCUCCACAAUGUUUACCUACAUCUCUGCAGAAUCACUUCUCAAAGCUUUGCAGUCUCAGUCCUUCCUAAGUCAUGUGGUCAAUACUCCCACGACUUCGCAGGAGAUCAUUGUCAACCAGAUUAUCUCAGUGAACUCCACUCCUGAUGCUAUUGUGCAAAACAUACCGGACAGCAUGGCACCGUUGAUUCCUUGGCCAUAUCUGGCAUUUGUGUCUCAGCAAUCAGCAACAACACUCAAUCAGAAACAGUGGACCUCUUAUCAGGCCAUGCUGUUCUUCGAUGUUGUGGCUGAUGCGUACCCCGAUGCAGACAAUAUCUCCUUCCAGGUGUUGCAGGGUUUCACUUGCACACGCGUCCAGAGUUUCAGCAAUGUGAAGGUGAAGAAUAUGAUCCAUGGCUGCAGGCGCCGUGGGAACAAAAAGGUCAAACUACAGGAGUCACAGCUAACUUGCAUGAAGAACUACAUAAAGAGCGACACUGUGACUGACUUUACUGUUUAUCCACCUGAGUUGCUGCUCUACUAUAAUAUUUCUCAGGUCCAGCCGUCUAUGUGCCAGUCGUUCUACUCAGCUUUGGGUUACGCAGACUUCACUGUGUUCUCCUCAACGCUAGCCUUCAGGAGAGACCUCCUGUUUCACACUGCUCUUCAAUGCCUGGGUGUCUCAGGGCUGAGUGUGAGCCAGACUCAGCUGGAUGUCAUGGGACAGAUGGUGUGUCUGUUCAACAGCUCUUAUGUCCUGAACUCUGACCCUUAUGUGCUGGAGAAGCUCAAACUGUGUGCAGGUCUAACAGCUGAUCAGAGCAGCGCUGUCGAGAACGUCCUGCUCAGAGGAAACACUACUUAUGGAGCUACAAGCAUUUGGAAUCAGACCACGCUGACGAGUUUGGUUCCUCUGCCCCUGUACCUGUCCUCCAACUUCUGGGGCUACUUUACACAGAGUGAGAAGGUCCAUUUUCUCCGGGGGUUUAUUCCUACACUAAAGUCCAGUGGAACAUCGAGAGACCUCAUCUUCACGAUGAUCACUCAGGCAGGACUGGUCUCCAAAACCGGGUCCAGGAGUUUGUUGCGAUUAAAACGUGACACUGGCUGUACGGCAGGGGUGAUAACUCAGGUCCAGGUGAGCGACGCCUCUUUCCCCUUCGGCUAUGACGUGAACCAGUUUAACGUGUGUCUCAGCGUUCAGACUCUGAAGGAGAACCUGGCUGCCAUCACAGACAAGGCCACGGGCAGUGACUACCAGAAGAUCAUCCUGUCCAAGCUCAACCAGGCAUACCCAGGAGGCAUCAGUGACGCAGUGCUGCAGGAUCUUGGCCCCGCCUCCCGCGCCGCCUCCCUCAGUGACAUCAGCAAUUGGAACGUCACAACCAUCGACACGCUGUCAGCUCUGAUGAGUUCAAACAACAUAACCUGGAGUUCAGAUCAGGUGAAUGCUAUCAUCAGCAGGUACCUUAGCGGAAACAGAACUCUGGGUUCCUUGGAGCUGAACGCACUGGGAGGAACAAACCUGUGUGCACUGAGCACCAGCCUGCUGAGCCGCAUCAGCUCCAACAGCUUGCAGUUUGCCAGGCCACCGCCGUCGUUGUCGAGCUGCAGUCUGGACCAGAAGAAGGUUCUGUUCAGUAUCGCUCUUCUGGCCUUCAGUGACUCAACCCUGACCAAGAGCACCUGGUUCCCCAACACAGUGACCAGCACCACCCGCGCCACAGGGGCUGGCAUGGUGUCAGCUAGCUCCUACCUGCUCACACUGCCCUUCCUGAGUGGGGCUAAUCUGCCCUACGUGCAGCAACUCUCCAAGUCCAACAUCAGCAUGGACUUACUCACCUUCAUUUCGCUGGACCCAAACGUCGUCAAUAGCCUGACGGUGAGCGAGGUGAGCGGUCUGCUAGGCUCCAAUCUGCCUGACCUGGUGACGUACGAGAACAACUCUGUGGUUCACAACUGGGUCACACGACAAUAUCAGUCUAGUCUCGACGCGCUGGGGAUCGGCCUGACCGGGGGACUCGCCGCGUCUACUACUACUGCUAGUGCUAAUGCUAACUCUAAUGCUGCUGCUAGUGGUAACGCUACUACUGUUAGCACCGCUGGUAAUGCUACUUCUACCAACACCACUAGCACUACAGGUGCAGGUUCGAGUCUCUCGAGUCCCUCUGGGCUGCAACAUCUGCUCUUCCUCCUGGGUGUAACCAUGGCAACGCUACAGCUAGCUCACUGAUUCUGACAUCAGAACACCAUCUCUCUUUCUCUCUCCCUCUGAUGUGUGUUUAUAAAUAAAGUGAAGUGUAUUUAAAAGCCUAUAGAACUGUCUCACUGCUUGUCCUUCUGUCUGUCUGACCUUGGUUUGUCCCGUCAAUCUCACACCUCUGGAACGGUGUCACCAUGCUGAAGACAGACCGGGGCAUCAAUAUUUAUUAUCGAAUAAUUUUAAAUAAAAUGAAUAAAUAAUGAAGAAAAGUUUAAAUGAAGCCUUUUAUCUUAUCCUGAUUUAUGUCUCUGGGUUGUAUAACAUAUGGCUGAAAUUAAAUGUAAUAAAGUUUAAUACAGAAA